AUGAAGGAGAAAGCAUUGCACCUGCUGUUCGAGUAUGGUGUACUUGGGUACCGAACAAUUAAUAAUUACGCCAUAAAGGUGAUAGAAUUGUUGAACUUGGCCGAGCAGUACGUAGUACCAACGGUGUAUCCAAGUAUAGCCAAAGCAGAGCAUCAACCAGAUAUUGUUGCAAUUCAGGAAACGAAACUUAAAAUAAAUGAUAGCUCGCCAUCUUUUACCGGAUAUAGCAGUAGCAGUCUUAGAAAAUACAGGGUGUUAUUCCGUCGAAAGGAAGAGCAGACCAGAGAAGGAGCGCUCCUCAUGAAUUUUGAAAACAGAUGGGUCUUGAGAUCCGCUCUGAACCUCGCAAGUGAUGGAGAAGUAGUCAGAGAAGUAGAUAGAGAGUUCCAGAGAAAAAGACCAGAAAAAGCAAAAGCAGAUUUGGCAAAAGAGUGUUUAACACGAGUUAAGAAAAAGCGAGAACAAGAAGACGAUUGUAAACCGGAACGUUUAGCCAGUGCAAGAGAACAAGAUAUGGAGAUAAAUGAGAAAAGAAAUGGACACGAGCAACUAGACGAGCAGCAGAGUUAA